AUGCCAGCCGAGUCGCGUCCAGAUGCCAACUCGAGUCAGGGACGGAAGAGCCGCACAAAGAGCUUCUCAGGAUGCUGGACGUGUCGCGCCAAGCACGUCAAAUGCGACGAGGCAAGGCCGACGUGUAACCGUUGCCAGCGAUCCGGUAUCGAGUGCGAGGGAUAUGAAGUGAGGCUCUCGUGGACGUCGGUGAGGAACCCUUCGACGUUCCGUCCGAGGACCGCGUCGAAGCGGAAGGCGGCGCAGAGGGCCACCAACAGGCUGCUUCAGACGAGGCCGUUGGAUGUUGUUGAAGAGACAGAUUCUCCUCAAGAGUCUUCUGCUGCAGAUCCGGAAGAGACCGCACCACCCGAGGAACCAUUUUCCGGAGAAUCCGCAAGCCAGGAUCUACAACCAGAGUCUAUCUCGUCUCCUGAAUCAACUCAAUAUCCGCGGCCACAUGUCCAACAAGAACCCUUCAACGGUGGAUUGAACUCCCGUAUCUUUAACUCAUACGAACUAUUAGGCCAGGGCUUGGCUGCAAGAGUAUCGUAUGUUCCCCUCCAGCAGGAACACGACCAGCAUCAGCCUGUCCCAGGCCAACCUAGAAGCUGGGACCAGAGUUCCAGUACACAAGACAAUGUCAACACGUCAAGCGGUCUCACGCCUGCCAGCAUCGGCGGUAUCAGUACUGGCAAUCUGGUCAUUACGGGUGCUUCUCAACCUACAUCUCCUUCGCCAGUCCAGAGUCACGAACAGUAUCAACACGAGGGCCAUACAACACGUCAUCUAGACACUCUACAUAAUCCCGGCCUCGAGUGCGAGCUUUUGGAGCAUUGGACAUUGCGUCUCUGCGAUUCUCUGAAUCCUGUUCCUGGAAUUCACAAUCCUAUGCGAACCGCCAUGAUGCCUAUCGCCCUCGAAGGAUCCCGGACAGACUCGAAAAAGGCGACCGGCGCAACCGCCUUGUUUCAUCUCAUCUGCUCAGCGUCUGCAUUUCACUUGGCCCCGAAACGACCAACUCCCGAGUCUAGAAGAGCUCUUGAGAAUGUGGCACUGGAGCAUCACAACAUUGGCAUCACUCACUUAGCCCAGAACAUCCGCUCCGAUGAUCGAAACCAGUGUGUACCCCUCCUGGCAUCCGUCGUCAUGUGUAUCAUGAACGAAGCCAUCACGCUACCCACGCAGUUCUGGCGCCUUCACUUUCGUGGAGCCGUCGAGUGGGUGAACCACAUCGAGCCACAAGUCUGGCGGCAAAGCGAAGCAGCCUCGGCCGUGUACCAAAUGUUUAUAGGGAUGGCGACUCUUGUCCAGGCGCAGCUGCUGUUUGACGGCCACCAGACGUCCUUUUGGCAUUUUGCCUAUGAUCCAAGAUCUCAGCCCGAACCGUAUGCGCUCAACCUCGCCAUUGGCCUUCCCCAACCAAUACUCCAGGGGAUUCAUACCAUGAACACCAUCCAGAUGCGUAGGAAGUCAUUGAACGGACAGGCACCAUCUCGUCAGACUCUGGACCGCCUCGAGCUCGAGCUGUAUCUCUCGGUGCCCGCCAAGCCGGAUGCAUCAACCAGCAGGGAAUAUGGCGACUUGAUCUACCAUCACGGCUGCACAUUUUACUAUGCGGCCUUGCUCUACAUGAAACGUACUCUGAAGGAUACUCCCGUAGCUGACGUGCAGCCACUCAUCAAGCAGUCGCUGAACCAUCUCGAGGCGAUGCAGACGAGUACCACCGAACGCUUCUCGCCCAUGAUCUGGCCCGUGGCCAUCAUCGCAUUCGAGAUCCUCGAUGUCGGGAUGCAGCAUCGUAUGCUGAAAUGCCUCGACUUCUUCCUUGACAGAUCGGACCUGGCCAUCUGGGCGCAAAUCAGACAUCUGGUGAGGGAUCUGUGGGCGCUGCGCAAGGGUCCGUCGGUCAACCUCAAGUGGCACGAGACCCUACUCGGGUCCAUGAGUGACAGCUUCAUGCUGCUGUGA